GUUCAGCCCUCCUUCAACUUCUUCACAUAAUUACCCGUUCAUAAAUCUGAAUUGGCCAUCCUAUCUUUUAUGUCAUUCAUUGAUCACUCUUUUGGUUGCUUGUCCUACUACUGUAAGGCGUAAGCUGCUACUAGCUAGUAAAAGACAAAGAGGCUAAAAAGCAAGUCAACCAUCUAUGGUGUUUUCACCAACAAAAAAGUUUUAAGAAACACUUCACCUCAAAAGUACCAUAGAGAAUCAAGAAAGCAAUAAAACCACCUUUCCCCCCCUGUCCUUUUACUUCCAACCUCCUCAUAGCCAAGUGGGGUUAAACAAUAACACCUCAGUUCAUCAAAAAAGAGACAAUCUUUUUUUCUUUUUUAUCUCAAAACUUGUUGCCAUUUCUUGAUGUAGUGAAGAAAGAGGAAGGUUCUUGAGUUCACACUAGAUCUGAGGGUCAAUGGCCUUUUGGGGUUUGUAUUGAUGAAAACUUAAAAAGACUUUUUUUAUUUGUCUUGUGGUUAGUGGAGCUAAAAAGAUUGUAUUAGCUUUUUGGGAGGUUUUGGUCUAAUGGGGAUUUGUUUGAGCAACCAAGUCAAGGUUGAGACAACAUUUUAUACUGUUUCAGGGCUUGGUUCAAGAAAUGCGAGUGGAAAUGGUACCGAUACUAGUAAUUCGAAUAGCAAACGCUCAUCAGCUUCCAUACCUCCUACUCCUCGGAGUGAGGGUGAGAUCUUGCAGUCCUCCAACUUGAGGAGCUACACUUUUAGUGAACUUCGAGCAGCAACAAGAAAUUUCCGUCCUGACAGUGUAGUAGGAGAAGGAGGUUUUGGUUCGGUGUUCAAAGGGUGGGUCGAUGAGCAUACUCUUGCAGCAUCAAAGCCUGGUACCGGAAUUGUGAUAGCUGUGAAGAAGUUAAACCAAGAAGGGUGGCAGGGGCACAGAGAAUGGCUGGCUGAGAUAAAUUAUCUUGGGCAACUACAGCAUGCAAAUCUUGUUAAAUUGAUUGGCUAUUGCUUAGAGGAAGAUCACAGGCUCUUGGUCUACGAGUUUAUGCCUAAGGGUAGCAUGGAGAAUCAUCUAUUUAGGAGAGGUUCUUUCUACCAACCACUUUCUUGGAGCCUUCGUAUGAAAGUGGCACUUGGUGCUGCAAGGGGCCUUGCAUUUCUUCAUAAUGCUGAAACAAAAGUUAUUUAUAGAGACUUCAAGACUUCUAAUAUUCUGCUCGACUCGGACUACAACGCCAAACUUUCUGAUUUUGGGUUGGCCAGAGAUGGUCCAGUGGGUGAUCAGAGCCAUGUGUCUACUCGGGUUAUGGGAACUUAUGGAUAUGCUGCUCCAGAGUAUCUAUCCACAGGCCAUCUUACUGCCAAGAGCGAUGUAUACAGCUUCGGGGUAGUUCUGUUAGAAAUUCUAUCCGGCAAGAAAGCUAUAGACAAGAAUCGACCCACGGGGGAACAUAGUCUGGUUGAUUGGGCAAAACCUUAUUUGACCAACAAACGUAGAGUUUUCCGUGUUCUAGAUGCCCGUCUUGAAGGGCAAUAUUCACUCACUCAUGCCAUGAAAGUUGCUAUCCUGGCUCUUCAAUGCAUAUCGAUGGACCCCAAGUCGAGGCCAACAAUGGAUGAAGUAGUAAAAGCUCUAGAACAGCUUCAGGAGUCCAAGGAUGUAGCUAAAAAUGAUAAAAAAGUCCGGCAAGUAAAUCAGCAUAGUCGAUCAAGUUUUGCGCUCAAGAAGUCCUGCAAAAGCAGCGCGGAAGGGACUCCCGCAAAGGCCAAGUAUCCAAGACCUUCACUUUCACUUCUUUCAUAGAAUUAAAGAGGAAAGAAAGUUUUUGGUGUGCCUGUUACUAGUACUUUUUUCUUCAAGAACUUCUGCCAUAGAACUAUGGAAAUGUCUUUAACAAAGAUGUAUAGCUUGUCCUCUUUUUGUAAUUUAGUCUGUUUGGUAAUGGUAGAUUUAUGUGUUCAGUUUAUUAGUCUUGCACAAAUGCAGGUAAGGCUGGCAUACAACAGACCCUUGUGGUCCGACGACGCACAUAGAGGGAGUUUUAGUCCACCGGAUUGUCCUUUUAUUAGUUAUGGAAGUUUACUACAACUAGACUGUUCUGUUUGAAAUCUUGAUAUUUUGUUAUGUAUUAUGGUCCUUGAAAUGGAGUUGAAGGAUUAUAAUA